GUCUUGUCAGCUUUUAAUUUGAAACUUCUUACUUCCGUGUUGUUAUUCGUAUCACUGCUGACAUGUCUAACAGAGGUGUUGUGCUCUGUGUUUUACUGGCGGGAUUUUGCUUCAUUUCAUGGAAACACUCGUUAAUUGGUGUUACAGAUGCUCUGAAGCUGGCCGGACGUGGGCUCAUAUUCCUGGGCAUCUGCACAUGGCUGAUUUACAUGUUUCCAAGGCUGAAAUCUUUCUUCUUUCCAGUGUGUCAAGAGCUCCCAGACAUUUGUGAUCUUGCAGGCCCACUGCAUGAAUCCAGCAGACUGAAACAAGAGCAAGUUAGAAGAAUUCAACAACAUCAACACAAUGACAAGACGUCUGACUAUGCUGAAAGCGUGUUAAAGCCGAGACAGAACUCGUUGCUCCAGCAGAAAAUUGAGCGACACCAUCGCAUGACAGGAGAGACCUGGAAACUCAGCCAAGGGUUAACAGUCGGGGGGGAAGAGGAUCAGAUGUGUCUUGAUGUCAAUGUAGACGAGAAUCCUAAUCAGGGAGCCAGGAGGAGACGGAAGCUGCUGCAGACUGUUACUCGAGAUCCUGUCCAAAAGGAAGCACCCAAGCAGAAGAAGGUCAUAGUUUUGCCCGAUGAGCCGUCAGAAGACACCGAGGGGGUUGUAAAAAUAGCUCUAAGAUGUCCAACCAGAAGAACGAUCCACCGGCGAUUCCUCAAAACCUGGAGCUCGAUGCUCCUCCUUGACUGGAUGAUGAAGACAGGAUACCAUCCUGCUCUCUACACGCUGUGUACAUCCUACCCCAGGAAAACCCUGCUGAUGGCUGCAGACGUGAGCCUGGAGGAGGCUGGGAUUCUCACUGACACACUGCUGCACGUGGAGGAGAAAGAGCUGUCCGUUACCUAAGAGCACUUCUGUUUUUGAAAUGCUUUAAUGGGACUGAAUGGAUAUCAGUAUCAGUGCUGUAACAUCGUGCACCAAUCAAAAGGACAGAAUUGGGAUACAUUCAUUGUAACUCUUCACUUUUGCUCUUCAACUGGCAUAUGGAUGAAUCUUACAGCCUGUAUGCUGAUCUUAGUUUUUCUAUAAAUACAUGAGAAUAAUCCUGUUCAGAUACAAUGUUUUUUAAAUCAGCAAAAAAAAGUAAUGGUAAUAAAACAAGGGUUGUUAGGGUGACAGUCAAAAUUCUCAGGUAGUUUUUAUAUUAGGCUGCAGAUUGGUACUCUCGUCUCAUUUUAUCUAAUAUCUGAAUGUUCAUAUACUAAAAAGUUUGAGGUCCAUACAAUUUUGACAAAUAAAUGCAGGUCAGUGUAA